AUGGAGACCACCACGACCUCGUACACUCACAGUAAAACCACAAACUUCUUUUAUAAGAUCAACUUCAUCGUGUACAUCUUUGGCCUACCAAACUUUUGGAUAGAAGACCUCAAGUUAUCCAAAAGAUUCGUCAAAUUCUACGACAAGUUCUCUAUGUUUAAUAACACCUUGAUAUUUUUGCUGAUCAUUUUUGAGUUAUGUUCAUAUUUCACGCAGAGUGACGACCAGUUGACGGAGCAACAGCAGUCGAAUCGACUUAUUUACGCUAUAUCUCAUCCGAUGCUGUUCAUGUUCCGGGUGAUGAUGACCAGCAUCAAGGAGAGAGUGCGGCUGGUGAUGUACAGCCUCAACGUAGGUCUGAAGAGGGUGCACAACGACCUUGAAGUAGAGAAGCAGAUGAUAGCGUGCACCUUCAUGUACCUAUCUGCUCUGUUGCUGAGUUGUCUGAUGUCGAUGCUCAUGUACGCUGCUCAAGGUUUCGGGGAGGUCUUUCGACGCGGUAAAACGUUUACGACUAUAGUAACUGCGUACCCGAGUGUCGAGGAUGACUCUGACAUGGCCAACGUAGUCAGAGCCAUCUGCUUCAUAAUCUGGUGGAUCUUCCUAACCAGGAUCUACGCAGUCUACAUGCUGGUCAUCUCCCUGACCACCUGCCUCAGUUACCAGUACAAAAAUCUCCAGAGUUACUUCGUCAGCCUCAAUGAUAUCUUCGAGAGGAGUGAUCUCAGUCAGACAGAGAAGGAAGAACAGUAUGAGGCUGGGUUUAUAGUUGGGAUAAAGCUUCAUGCGGAUACGUUAAGAUGUACCCAGCUGACUCAGUCUGUCUGCCGCGGGGUAUUCAGUGGCCAGAUCAUCUUCAAUAUCUUACUCCUAGUAGUGCUCAUGGCACAAAUGGCGAAUUCGGAGCGUACUCUCGUGAACUUAUGCUCAGCGGGUUUUACUGCGUGUGCAGUGCUCAUCAGCACUGGCUUCUACAUGUGGAACGCUGGAGACGUCACUGUAGAGGCGUCACACCUGGGCACAGCUGUAUAUUUCUCUGGCUGGUAUCAUUGUCAAGGGCCGUCUUCAGUUCGCAUCCGAAAGCUUGUGGUUUUCACCAUGUCACAAGCACAGCGACCUGUUGUUCUCAAAGGCCUGGGAUACAUCGACCUUUCGUAUCAGUCAUAUAUUAGAAUCGUGAAGUCGUCAUACUCUGUGUUUUCAUCACAGACGAGACUUUCUACCCAACCUGUAUCAAAAAGACAUUUUCUAGCCAUGGAGGACUUUUCUGGGUCAUACAAGCAAACAAAAACGACGGAAUUUCUAAUCAAUCUCAAUAAAUUCGUUUUCAUAUUCGGCCUACCCAACUAUUGGGUGGAAAACCUGGACUUUCCAGACACUUUCACGAAAAUUUUAACCGUGCUGGGGGUUUGCGGAAACUGGUCAGGUAUCAUUAUGAUAUUAUCUGAGUACGGAGCGAUUUGCACACAGAAGAACUUGUCUGAACGCCAGAAAUCUGAUCUUAUGCUGUUCAUCAUAUCUCACACUAUAAUCACUGGAUUCCAAAUUCGUAUAAGUCACCAACAAGUUCAGAUAAGAAACGUGAUGUACAAAUUGGGCAUUAAACUGAAGGCGGUGCACAAUGACGGGGAGGCUGAACAGAGCAUGAUCACGAGGUCCAAGUUCUUCUCUUUGGCACUGAUGUUCAACUGCGUUAUGUCUGUCAUCAUGUACACGAUUGAGGGGGUUCUGAGAGUAAUACGCACAGGAGACACAUUCAACACCGUCAUAACAGCGUGGCCCGAUGUCCACGACAGGUCGGUGCUAAGCAAUAUCGGGAGGACAAUAAUCUACCUCACAUGGUGGAUCUACCUGACGCGUAUAUUCUCAGUCUACUCCCUAGUCAUCUGCCUGACCAUAGCCAUCAGUCAUCAGUUCAAGAACCUAAAAAGCUAUUUCUAUAGCCUCAGUAAGAUCUUUGAUAAUGAUACCUUAACGCAGACGGAGAAAGAGCAGGAAUAUGAGAGAGCUUUCAAAGUUGGUAUCAACAUGCAUUCGGAGACGUUGAAGUGCACAGAAGAAAUCCAAACAAUAUGCCGAGAAGUGUUUAGCGGUCAGAUCAUAUUCAAUCUCACGCUACUGAUUGUGUUAAUGUAUCAAAUGAUGAAUUCUCCCCGUAGCUUUGCCAAUGUAUUGACAUUAGGACUGACGGCGCUGACAAUCCUGUUCAGCACCGGCUUCUUCAUGUGGAACGCUGGUGAUAUCACUGUCGAGGCUGAAGGCGUCCCGGUGGCUAUGUUCAGCUCUGGAUGGGAGAACUGCUACCACGAGUCCUCAGUGCGCGUCAGGAAGCUGAUCGUCAUCUCCAUGGCACAGGCACAGGAACCCGUGGCACUAACUGGCCUGGGCAUCAUAGCGCUGUCCUACCAGUCCUACGUGUCUAUCGUGAAGUCAUCGUAUUCAGUAUUUUCCGUACUCUAUUAAACAAUCCUUUUGCAAUAUAUGUAACUAAUGACUUAUUUAAAGUUAUUUGCUUUAUCGCACUACAGUAACUUGGUUGCAAAUUAAAUAAAUAAUUUUGUGUUUUCCCUGACGGGGCCAUAUUUUAUUUAUUUAGUUAUUUAACUUUUUGCAACUUUAUGUAUGUACAAUGGUGGGCUUAAUGCCAUAGGCAUUCUUGCCAUGUCUAAAAGUUAUCGCA